AUGCAAUCUCAAGCAACAAAAACGGAUAGUGAGCCAAACUCGAUCGACACUAAGGGCCUGUGUCUCUUGUCACUGGACGGGGGUGGUGUGCGGGGCUUGUCAACUCUUUUUAUCCUGAAGAACAUCAUGGCCGGAGUGAACCGUCAACGCCAAAAAUCGAGCUUGCCCGCGGUGAAGCCGUGUGAGAUCUUUGAUCUGAUCGGUGGGACAAGCACAGGCGGUCUUAUCGCUAUUAUGCUUGGCCGUCUCGAAAUGGAUGUGGAUGAAUGCAUCACGGCAUACGUAGACCUCAUGCGUACCGUCUUCGAAAAUGCAUCGAAUUUCUUACCUUUCAGUUUUACCGGAAAGAUCAAGCCCAAAUUCAACUCGGGGAAGCUGAGAGACGCAAUCACAAAAGUCGUCGAGCGUCACGACGGGAGUAAGACGGGCCUACUUAAUGACAGGAAAGAAGGCGGAUGUAAAGUCUUUGUCUGUGCUACAGCUAAAGAAACGACCGGGGUAACGCGACUACGAAGCUACUCAUCUGAAGGACUAGAUAUCCAUGCGACGAUUUCUGAAGCUGCCCUAGCGACAUCAGCCGCGACAGGAUUCUUCAAGUCUGUGUCAAUUGGGAAACGCCUGUUUGUAGAUGGGGCGUUGGGCGCAAAUAACCCGGUCGAUGAAGUGGAGGGUGAAGCAUCCGAUAUCUGGUGCCCCGACACUAGACAGUUGAAACCUCUCGUCAAGUGCUUCAUUUCCAUUGGAACAGGAAUUCCCAGCAAGAAACAGAUCCAGGACGACAAAAUCUUAAAGUUCUUCAUUAAAACGCUCGUGGGUAUUUCCACCGAAACGGAGCAAACUGAACGGAAAUUUAUUGCCCGGUGGGCUAAACAAGUCGAGGAAAACCGUUUCUUUCGCUUCAACGUGGAGCAAGGGCUACAAGGAAUCAAUCUAGCCGAGUAUUCGGCACAGGGCCUAAUUGAGGCAGCCACCGAUGAGUACAUUCGGCACCAGAACCAGAUGUCUCGGGUGCGAAAUUGCGUAUGGAAUUUGAAGCAGAAGGAAUAUGGUACAAGUUCAGAGGAGGCAAGAAAAUUCACGCUUGCUAAAGAAAUUCAAGAAUUUGAGGACAAAGUCCGCUUGAGAGAGCCGGCAGACUAUGAAAACACCUCCAUGAAGGAAGAACCGGCUUUCCGUACUCCCUUCAAUAAUAUCCCCUUCCCAAGGAAUGCGGGGUUUGUUGGCCGUGGUGACCAGCUUAGUGAGGUUGAACAUAUGCUGUUCUCUCCAGACGAGCAACGUAAGGUCGCUAUUACUGGGCUUGGUGGUGUUGGCAAAACACAAGUUGCAAUAGAAAUUGCCUACCGAGCCCAAGCGAGGCGAGGGGAAUGUUCUAUUUUUUGGAUUUCAGCGACAAGCUCAGAAACUCUUGAACGGACAUACCUUCAAAUUGCCCAAGAUCUACGAUUGCCAGGACUGGAAGACCAGCAAGCGGAUGCUAAGACGCUUCUUCGGGAUUACCUAAAUGACAGGAACGUCGGCCAGUGGCUGCUGAUAUAUGACAAUGCCGAUGACAUUGACAUGUGGUUUGACGAGGCCACAAGCAAUACUGAGCCGCAGGGAUUAAGCAACUAUGUCCCAUGGAAUAGUAGUGGCAGUGUUCUUUUCACCACGCGUUUUAAGAAGGUCGCCUUGAAACUCGCAAUGGCGAAUGUAAUCGAACUCCCGCAUAUGGACAAGCAGAUGGCGGAGAAACUUCUAAGCAAGCGCUUAAGUACUCCAGCUCUCCUAGACGAUAAAGAUGCGACGAUCUUGCUUUUAGAGCAGCUCACUUUCCUCCCUCUGGCGAUUGUACAGGCCGCUUCUUAUAUCAACGAGAACUCUUUAGCUGCACUGUCGGACUAUCUAUUGCUGUUGUCGGAACAAGAGAGUGAUUUGAUUGAUCUUCUAAGCGAGGAAUUUCAUGAUGAUUGGCGAACCCGCGACACAAAGAAUCCGGUGGCCACAACAUGGCUUAUAUCCUUCGAGCGAAUACAGAGCACCUCGUCAUUAGCGGCGGAGAUUUUGUCGUUUAUGGCCUGUAUAGAGCCAAUAGGAAUCCCAAAGUCGCUUUUGCCACAAGUACUAUCUAAAAGGAAAUGGAUGGAAGCUAUCGGGGUCUUGAAAGCGUACUCAUUCGUGAGUGACAGGUCUGAAAAUGAGACUUUCAACCUCCAUCGGCUUGUCCAUCUUGCGAUGCGCAACUGGCUAAAGAGAGAUGGCAAAUUGUCAGAUUGGACCACCAAAACCCUCACAAGAUUGGAGGGUGUCUUCCCCGAAGAUGAUUAUAGGAACCGUGACGUAUGGAGCGCAUAUAUGCCUCAUGCCCUAAUUCUGAUCAAAAGUGCCGAUCCCAAGGGCUCAGAUAAGAGCCACAAACUACUCCAGAAAGUUUCACAGUGUCUUUUGGCCGACGGUCGGGUCAGGGAGGCAGUCUUUUGGCUUGAACAAAAAGAUAAUUGGGAGGGAAAGAACCUUGAACGAGAGCACCCUGGGCGAUUAGCGUCCCGGCAUGAGCUCGCGAAGGCAUAUCAAGCCAACGGCCAGAUCAUUAAGGCUGUCGAGUUGCUUGAGGACGUAGUUACGGUGGAAGAGCGCACUCUAGCGAAAGAGCACCCAGACCGACUAGCGUCCCGGCAUGCACUCGCGGGGGCAUAUCAAGCCAAUGGCCAGAUUAGUGAGGCUAUCGAGCUGCUUGAGGAGGUAGUUACGGUGAAAGAGUGCACUCUGGCAAAAGAGCACCCUGACCGACUAGUGUCCCGGCAUGAGCUCGCGAGGGCAUAUCAAGCCAACGGCCAGAUCAUUAAGGCUGUCGAGCUGCUUGAGGAGGUAGUUACGGUACAAGAGCGUACUCUGGCAAAAGAGCACCCUCGCCGACUAGCAUCCCAGCAUGAGCUCGCGGGGGCAUAUCUAGCCAACGGCCAGAUUAGUAAGGCUAUUGAGCUACUUGAUGAGGUGGUCACGGUACAAGAGCGCACUCUGGCAAAAGAGCACCCUGACCGACUAGCGUCCCGGCAUGAGCUCGCGAGGGCAUAUCUAUCCAACGGCCAGAUCAUUAAGGCAGUCGAGUUGCUUGAGGAGAUAGUUACGGUGGAAGAGCGCAAUCUAGCGAAAGAGCACCCUGACCGACUAGCGUCCCGACAUGAGCUCGCGAGGGCAUAUCUAGCCAACGGCCAGAUUAGUAAGGCUAUUGAGCUACUUGAGGAGGUGGUUGCAGUGCGAGAGUGUACCAUGACUGAAGAUCACUCUGACCGACUGGUAUCCCGGCAUGCACUCGAGGUGGCAUAUUCUCAACGAGCGUACAAUCGUGAGCGAGAGUCAACCGGAUCAAGUCAAUCAAAGGUUGAAUCUGACCGAUAG